AUGUCUUCCUCCGACAAAGAAGGGCUGGAUCUCGAAAACGGCAACUCGUCUCAGACCGAGAACAGCAAUGGCCAUGCCGUCAGCUCCCAACGACGACAACAACAACAACAACAACAACAACAACAACAAUCCAAGGAUGAGACGGAAAAACACACCCUCGCCUUCCUCCCCUGGCUGCGUCAAAACUUCACCUGGUCCUGGUUCACCGCACCGCAAUCCACCGGCGGCAUCGCAGCCCUCCUCUCGCUGUGUCCGAAGCAAUUCCCGGGCCUCCAGACCAUCGGGACCAUCAUCUUCAUCUUCAACAUCCUCCUCCUCGCCACCUUCACCCUCUUCGCCCUCCUCCGCUUCGCAUCGCACGAGAGACCCGUCGCGGCAUUCGCCCGCAGCCUCGUGACGCCGCCGGAAUGCUACUUCUUCGGCUCCCUCCUCCUCUCCUCGGCCACCAUGAUCAUCAACAUGCAGCGCUUCGCCCUCCCGCACGUCGGCCCCUGGCUCCUCCCCACCCUCCGCAUCCUCUUCUGGCUCUACGCCGCCUGCUCCCUGCUCGUCGUCACCCUCCAGAGCGCCUUCAUCUUCCACUACACGCCCUUCCAGGCCAUCCACUUCGCCCCGCCCAUGAUCAUCACCAUCCUCUCCGCCAUGCUCACGGGCACCAUCGCCGCCGCCCUCGCCGCCUCCCAACCCCCCCCGCAGCGCCUCCCCAUCAUGGUCGCCGGCGUCGCCUACCAGGGCCUCGGCUGGCUCGUCUGCACCAUGUUCCUCACCCUCUGCCUCGCCAACUGCCUGGAAAACGGCUGGCCCGCGCCCCGCCUCCGCCCGGGCCUCUUCGUCAUGGUCGGCACCUCGGGCUUCACCAUCGUCGCCCUCAUCGGCAUCGCCCGCGCCGCUCCCCCGCGCUACGCCUACUUCGCCGCCCACCCCGCCGCGGCCGAAACCCUCCUCGUCCUCGCCACGUGGGCCGGCAUCUUCCUCUGGCUCUUCUCCUUCUGGGUCUUCGCCCUCGCCGCCGUCAUCAACCUCGCCGACCUCUUCCACCGCGACCAAGUCUCCCGCAAGUGGCGCUUCAACCACGCCCUCACGUGGACGAAUACCGCCUGGGCGGGCAUUUUCCCCAAUGUCGGCUGGGCUCUGGGGACGAUCUAUCUGGGCGAGGAAUUGGAGAGUGAGGGUGUUCUGUGGGUUUCCGUCGGGAUGAUUGUUUUGUUGGUGGUUUUCUGGUUGCUGGAUCUCGUGAUGAUGGGCAAGAAGGUGUGGCUUUCGCUUUUUGUCGAUUCGAGGGUCAAGAUUUCGUAG